CUUUGUUGUCAGCCGCGGCAGGCGGCGGGCGGUGCGCGCGCGCGCUCGCGGCGGGGUGGGUGGGCGCGCGCCGCCGCCGCCCGCCUGCACCUGCCGCCCCUGAGGGCGGGCGGCGCGGAGCUGCCGCGGCGCGCGGCGGAACUUUCAAGCCGCGGUCCGUUAAUCGCCGUUGGCACCCCGGAGCCUGGGGGAGGGGCGGGGGUCCCGUCCCUCCUCUCAGCCGCCGGGGACCGCCCUCCCGCCGCCUUUGUGUGCGCGCGACCCCCACACUCGCCGGGGGGCGACCUGUUCCGAGCCUCUCUUCCCCCCCGGCGUGCCUGGGCUUCUUAAAAUUCGUUUUAUUGUAUUGUUUUUCCCCCUUUCUUCUGGCGGGGGGCGUCGCUGCCCUCCCACAGGGGAGCGGCGGCGGGCAGGAUGGUGGACCUGGACAGCGAGGUGCCCCCGCUGCCUCCGCGGUACCGGUUUCGGGACCUGCUGCUGGGCGAGCAGGGCUGGCAGAGCGACGACAGGGUGCAAGUUGAAUUCUAUAUGAACGAAAAUACAUUUAAAGAGAGACUGAAGCUCUUCUUCAUCAAAAACCAAAGAUCAAGUCUAAGAAUACGAUUAUUCAAUUUUUCUCUCAAGCUACUAAGCUGUUUCUUAUACAUAAUUCGUGUGCUCCUGGAUGAUCCUACACAAGGACAUGCAUGUAAGGAAGUGAACUGGGGUUGUUCCGGUCAAAACUACACACCUGGAAUGAUUGAUUGGUCUCCUAUUAUUUGGGUGAAUCGAAGUUUGCCUUUAUGGGGAUUACAGGUUUCAGUGGCUUUAAUAAGUCUGUUUGAAACAAUGCUGCUGAGUUAUCUAAGCUACAAGGGAAAUAUCUGGGAACAAAUUCUGAGAAUACCCUUCCUCCUGGAAAUAAUUAAUGCUGUCCCUUUCAUCAUCACGAUUUUCUGGCCUGUUCUAAGAAACCUGUUUAUUCCUGUAUUUUUAAAUUGCUGGCUGGCAAAGCAUGCUUUGGAGAACAUGAUUAAUGAUCUUCACAGAGCCAUCCAACGUACACAGUCUGCAAUGUUUAACCAAGUCCUCAUUUUAAUAUCCACCUUAUUAUGUCUUAUCUUCACUUGUAUUUGUGGAAUUCAGCAUCUGGAACGAGCAGGAAACAAGUUGACUCUCUUUGACUCCCUUUAUUUCUGCAUAGUGACAUUUUCCACUGUGGGCUUUGGGGAUGUUACACCCAAGAUAUGGCCAUCAAAGCUGCUUGUUGUCAUUAUGAUCUGUGUUGCUCUUGUGGUGUUGCCCAUACAGUUUGAACAGCUGGCAUAUUUGUGGAUGGAGAGGCAAAAGUCUGGUGGUAAUUACAGUCGACACAGAGCUCAGACGGAAAAACAUGUCGUGCUGUGUGUCAGCUCUCUGAAGAUUGACUUACUUAUGGAUUUCUUAAAUGAAUUCUAUGCUCACCCCAGAUUGCAGGACUAUUAUGUCGUUAUUUUGUGUCCUACUGAGAUGGAUGCUCAGGUCCGAAGGGUGUUACAAAUCCCAAUGUGGUCCCAAAGAGUUAUCUAUCUUCAAGGCUCAGCACUAAAAGAUCAGGACCUGUUGAGAGCAAAAAUGGAUGAUGCUGAAGCUUGUUUCAUUCUGAGUAGCCGCUGUGAGGUGGACAGGACAGCAGCUGAUCAUCAAACCAUUUUAAGAGCAUGGGCAGUUAAAGACUUUGCUCCAAAUUGUCCUUUGUAUGUCCAAAUAUUGAAACCUGAGAAUAAAUUCCACAUCAAAUUUGCAGAUCAUGUUGUGUGUGAAGAGGAGUUCAAAUAUGCUAUGCUAGCUCUAAACUGUAUAUGUCCAGCUACUUCUACAUUAAUCACACUGCUGGUUCACACAUCGAGGGGACAAACAGCACCAUGGGAAGCUUUUAGACAACUAACUGGAACCAAGCAGACUUUAAACAGGGAGGGUCAGCAAUCAGCAGAACAAUGGCAGAAAAUGUACGGCAGAUGCUCUGGUAAUGAAGUGUAUCAUAUUAACCUGGAAGAAAGUACAUUUUUUGCUGAGUACGAGGGGAAAAGUUUCACAUACGCGUCUUUCCAUGCACAUAAAAAGUUUGGAGUCUGUCUGAUUGGUGUUAGAAAGGAAGAUAACAAAAACAUUUUGCUGAAUCCAGGUCCUCGAUACAUCAUGAGUUCUACAGAUAUAUGCUUUUACAUAAAUAUCACUAAAGAAGAGAAUUCUGCUUUUAAGAAGCAAGAAAAGCACAGAAAAAAACAUGAAUCAAAAUUAUCUUAUCAUGGAACUUCUAGGUUGCCAGUACACAGCAUAAUAGCUAGCAUGGGGACAGUGGCUAUCGAUUUACAAGAUACAGGAUGUCGAACUUCCAGCGGACCUACACUAGCUCUUCCUUCUGAGGGAGGUAAAGAGGGCAGACGGUCCAGCAUAGCACCUGUUUUGGAGGUUGCAGACUCAUCCUCACUUCAGACAUGUGACCUGCUAAGUGACCAGUCAGAAGAUGAAACUACCCCAUCAGACGAUGAAGUCUCUGCAGGCUUAGAGUAUGCCAAAGGAUAUCCUCCUUACUCUCCUUAUAUUGGAAGUUCUCCCACAUUUUGCCAUCUUCUGCAUGAAAAAGUGCCCUUCUGUUGUCUAAGACUAGAUAAGGGGUGCCAGCAUAAUUACUAUGAAGAUGCCAAAGCCUAUGGAUUCAAAAAUAAAUUGAUUAUAGUUGCAGCGGAAACUGCUGGAAAUGGUUUAUAUAAUUUUAUUGUUCCACUCAGAGCUUAUUACCGACCAAAGAAAGAACUAAAUCCCAUUGUAUUACUCCUGGAUAACCCGCCAGAUAUGCAUUUUCUGGAUGCAAUCUGUUGGUUUCCAAUGGUUUACUACAUGGUGGGCUCUAUCGACAACCUAGAUGACUUAUUAAGAUGUGGGGUCACCUUUGCAGCUAAUAUGGUGGUGGUGGACAAAGAAAGUACAAUGAGUGCUGAGGAAGACUACAUGGCAGAUGCUAAGACUAUUGUAAAUGUUCAAACACUCUUCAGGUUAUUCUCAAGCCUAAGCAUUAUCACAGAACUAACUCACCCAGCCAAUAUGAGAUUCAUGCAGUUCAGAGCCAAAGACUGCUACUCUCUUGCUCUAUCUAAACUGGAAAAGAAAGAACGAGAAAAGGGGUCUAAUCUGGCAUUUAUGUUUCGACUGCCCUUUGCUGCUGGCAGGGUUUUCAGCAUCAGUAUGUUGGACACGCUGCUUUAUCAGUCAUUUGUGAAAGAUUAUAUGAUCUCUAUCACACGACUUCUGCUGGGACUUGAUACCACACCAGGAUCUGGGUUUCUUUGUUCUAUGAAAAUAACAGAAGAGGAUCUAUGGAUUAGGACAUACGCCAGACUGUAUCAGAAACUUUGUUCUUCUACUGGAGACAUUCCAAUUGGAGUCUACAGGACAGAAUCCCAAAAACUUACAACAUCUGAGUCACGAGAAAUGGCUUCACAAUCUCAAAUCUCUAUCAGUGUUGAAGAAUGGGAAGACACCAAAGAACAAAUUAAUUAUCGUAGUAAUCAUCGUAACUCAACAUCCAGCGAUCAGUCAGAUCAUCCCUUGUUACGACGGAAAAGCAUGCAGUGGGCCCGACGGCUGAGCAGAAAAGUCCCAAGACACUCUGGUAAAACAGCAGAGAAGAUAAGCCAGCAGCGAAUGAACCUUUACAGGAGGUCAGAAAGACAGGAACUUGCUGAACUUGUGAAAAACAGAAUGAAGCAUCUGGGCCUUUCUCCAGCAGGAUAUGAUGAAAUGAAUGAUCAUCAGAACACCCUCUCUUACAUCCUGAUCAAUCCUUCUCCAGAUACGAGAUUAGAACUGAAUGACGUAGUAUACUUGAUCCGGCCUGAUCCAUUGGCUUACGUUCCAAAUACCGCACCCAGCCGAAAAGACAGCUUCUGCAAUACAGUGGGACAAGACACCAGGGAAGAAACACAACUUUGAUAUGUAACUCCUCACAAAAUUAAGAGACAGUUUUAUAUGCCUAUCUUGUUUUCAGUAACCAUUUUGAAAACUAUUUUGAAUGGUACAUUUCAUUCAGAUUUGGGAACCAGAGAAUUUGACAGUGGUAAGUGACCAACUUUAGAAACAUGGUCUCUAGGAACUCUGAUUUUAGGAACUGUCAGACUUGUAGCCUGCUCAAUACAGUAAACAAACUUUGUUACCUUAACAGAAUCAUGAAAACUAUUGCUGUUUAACCAAUAUGAACAAAUGAUUUCAGAAGUGACAGAUUCCAUCAUAAGUUUCACUUAGAAGAUAAGUAUAUUUAUCAAAGUGACAACGUAUCAGUGACUAAGCUCCUGACCUACAUCCUGAAGCCACCUGAUGCCUGUAGAAAGACCAUGCACAAUGUGUAGUAGGAAAUAUGUUAAUACCAAUACGUGCCAAUGAGGCUGUGUGUGUCAAGAAUCCAGCCUUUCAGAUAGAUGGAUGACAAGCUAAGCUUGAAAACUAUAUUAGAACAAUCUACUAGCAGUCCCAUUAUAGCUUCUGGGACUGGGGCGUUAGUUUUGUGGACACAGAUCAGGCUGCACAACACAGCCUAGUCAUACUGAAAAGUUUCUAAGCUGAGGCACAUCCACUGAAAAUGUAACUCAGAGAAGCCCGUCUGCAGGAAAUUUCUUAUCAUCUCACACAGGCAUUUCAAAUGAUAGUAGUUUGCAGAGCAACAGAAGCAGGACUUCCUUUCGUAGGGGUACAGGAAUUAUAUAAAAGGCAGCCCUUCUACAUAUGUAGAAACAAACUACCAUCUACACAAAGCUACAAGCAAUGGUAGCUCAGGCAGAAUAUAACCCUUUUAAUCUGAGUGAUUUGCCAGUGAGAAGCCUGUAUAGAUUAUGAAACAGAAGUGAGAGCAUCCCUGUAGAAAACAUUUCAUACCACACAUCCUUCCCAUCUCCCUCAAGAUGCCAGAACUGCUACUGUCCAACAAAGCACGUACAUGCCCAGUCAUUCAGAUUACCACAAACUUGAUACGUUUUCACAUGAAGUUAUGCAUCAUGUUGAAAAUUUAAAAAAAUCUAUUGCGCAUUCCAUAAAAUGAAUAGAAUAUUAAGUUGCAUGAUUAGGCACAGCAGAUUCAAUUGCUCAGCUUUUGCACUUAGCACACAAGAAAGCAUCUACUAGUAUUUCAAACAUCUGAAGCUGCUACAAAAUCUCCAGCCUACAGAUACCAGAAUGCCACAAGUUUUGGUCAGACUUUCUACAGAAUAAGCAUGCCUGUAUGUGGUCUUCCAAAAUUACAUUCUUCCUUUGCCAUUUGUUAGCAAAAGGGGAAAGAGCACACUUAACAAGGUAAAAGACUCCACUGUUACAACGAUCUAUAUAAACACCUGUUCCAAGAAGUUUGGCAGGCAGUCUGCAGUGGCAAAGUUGAUUUCUUUGAACUCCCUUGAUGUCCUCCUAUAUGUGCAGAAUUUGAAUCUAAAAAUCAUUCUAUUCUGUUUUAUUUGGAAAAGCAACUACAUGGCUGUUUUUAUUCCAAAAUAUAAAAUGCCAAAUUGCCCAAUGCACAACUCAUGAAUGUGACUAUGCUUAUCAACAUUAUAAGGAUGCUGAAACUAAGUCACAUUCACAUUAGGAAGGACAGCAAGUCUGCUAUUAUUCUCUCCUGUCUUCCCAAUUCUUUUAAAACUUAACUACUUUUUGUUUCAUAUUAAUUAUUAAAAAAAAACAAACCAAACAAAAAAAAAACCCAAAUCCCACAGCAUUCUCAGAGUGGACUGAAGUCAUCACAGUAUGACCAUCAGAAGGGUAAGAGCUGAAGUUCUGAGAAAAAAAAGGGGUAGCUGGAAAGCAUUGUUUCUCAGCAGCUUUUUGUAUCAAUAUAUUAAAGCAGUACUAUGCUUCAGAAUGGUUUCAAUGGUUCUGCUUAGAGCUCAUUAUUCAGUGGGUUUUUUUGCACACAGUAGUCAUUUAGUCAAGUUAUUCACAGCUGAAGAUGAAAUAUUUCAAAUACCAUGUCCCCUAGGGCACCAUGAAAAAAAUAACAAUUCACACAGUUGCUUGGACUCCAGCCUACAGUUGGAAAAAAAUAUCAGUAUAUGAAAAAAGUUGAGAAAAAAAUAUCAGUAUAUGGAACAGAAUUGUGUGCAAGACCUGGCAGAGCAACUAUCUCAGAAGAGACUGUUUAAUGUAAAAAAAAGUACCUAUUUUUAAUGCCUUCAGUGAUUAAAUUCUAUUCCAGUUGAAUUCUCUAGAUAAAUAAGUAACUUCAGUGGAGUUCUCAAAAAAACGUUCUCUCCAAAGUAUUAGAAGAAUCCUUUGUUUCGUACUGAUGGCUUGUUCUGACAGAGUUAGAAGUAGGCAGACAGAAUUUCAGAAGUAUGUCUACCCUUCAGCUGGCAAGAUAGAGCUGGCAAGCCAGACUGACUGCUUUCAGUGGGAUCCACACACCUUGUCUACAGGCAUCCGGUGGUCCUUGUAAACUGGGUAAGGUACCUACCACAGAUUUAAGGACUCUGCUAUAAGAUCUAUAGCUAGAAUUCAAUGCCUGGCAUUUAACAGCCUACAAACCAAUAGAAACAAGCAGUCAGAUGAACCCCUCUUUCCACCCAGCUCAACAGAAUUGCUCAGCUACAGUGAACAGUAGUAUCUAAUGUCACCUGAUACUUCCCCAUGCUUAGUGAAUUGUAAAUUGCACAUUAGCCCCAGAAGAUUUGCUCAAGCAAACAGGAAGACAACUGAGACAGACUGCAGUCUUCUCUAAAAUUAACAUAAGGCAAUCUUUCUGAACAAAACACAACAUUCAGUUCUCUUCAAAAUCUGCUGGAAGCAAGGCAAUAAAACUAAAAACAGGUCUUAAGCAGCAGUUCUAAUAACCCAUGAAUAAGUGCAGUUCAAAAUACAUUGUCUUUGAUGUUGGGAGUAGAACAGCUGUUUCCACUGGCGUAUCUUCACAGACAGACUCCAAACUAGCAGGACUUCAGACCUUCAAGAACCAUCCUGAGCACCUACAUUCACACUGAGUGAGACAUUCCUUUUUGGUGGCCAGGAAGGAGGUUCCUUGAAGGUCACACCACAGGUACUCUUAUGUUCACAUGCUUUCUUCUGAUCAUGAUCAUCAGACACAUGAUACGUGGCUAGCUGGCUUGGAUAUCAGAUUGAAGAACAGUCCUUUCCAGGCUCUGUGUUGGAGAGAGCGUGCUGAAGUUCUGGAGUCAGUGCACUCAAACAACAAUUGAACAGAAGAGUUUUGUCUGGCGAUAGUUCACUCAGUGGAUACAGAAACUAAGAGUUACGAUCACCGAAAUAAGCAAAAGAUUUAAUCCUAAACUAUUUGUCAAGAAUCAGAUGGCCAGAUAACCUAUAUUUAUCUCUUUCCAUCAAAAAAAUGGCUGAUUAAAUCUGUAUUUAACUGUAUAUAUUUUUUCCUCCUAACCCACUUCUACCUAUAAAUUGACAACACCCUGUUUCUGUAACACAUGCCAAGUAAUUUGCUCCUGGGAGACACAGUAUCAGUGAAGAAUGAUAGCAGAUGAUAAAUACUUCCUUCUAAGUGAGUAUCAAACAUGAAAAUUCUCUCAUGAGAUUUACCCAUGAAAAUGUCUUAUUUGGUCCGCAAUUAAAGGAAAAAAAAACACACAAGAGGAAAUUUUGCAGUUGAAUGCAGCAUGUUUUCUUAACUAUUUCACUCCAACUCCAGAACAAACAUUAACUCAAAUAAGUCUUUGUUUACCAUUACACCAAUAAAACAUUAAAGAACAAAUGGACAGAAGGUUUCAGCAGUGGAGGAAAACUGAAAUGAUACGAAGUGCCAGCAGUAACAAACAAUUCUGUAGUUUGUAGGCUACUAACACUGACUACAACCAUUUUGUAAUUUUGGAGCACUGAUGCAUGAGGUUUUGCUUCAUUCAAUUUUCACUUGCUAUCAGAAGGAAUUCAGUCACUACAAUCCCGAAAUGAAUUAAUGAAAACCUACAAGCAACACUAUGUAGCGUCAUCAAACAUACAAGGUUAUAGAAAAAUUCCUUUUCAAGACAGUGAUAUGAUUGCAGAAUUAUAAAAUAAAGUCAUAUGUGCAUAAAAUAUCAUUGCAUACAGUGGAUUUUAUAAAUUGGGAACAGCCCACUCCACUUUGGAAGAGACCUGUAUUGAAUUUAUGUCUAAAGGCUGCACUUCAAGUUUUCAUCCACUGUUCCAUUUGCUUGAUGCAGAAGAUAGGUUGCAGGGUGACAGGAAAAGUGUUAUGAAUUCAUAUUACGUUAUGAAGGAUAACCAAGACCUCACUGAUGGGCACCUUGUGAAGUUAACUGAAAAUAUUAAUGGUGAUUUUGUUACAGAUUUCAUUAUUGCCUAAACAUCUAACAUAAGAACAUUGCCAGUAACAGUAAUCCAUCACAAGUAAAAGCUCCCACAACCUCUAAAGAAGCUUAAAAGCUUAAAAAUAAGAAUAUUUCUGCUUCAUAAGGAAAAAACAAGCAUUAGAGGUUUCUACAAAAUUUUCUAUUUGUUCUAUAAAUGCUAGACUAUAUACUUUUUUAGCACUGUAAAAUAGGAUAAAUGAGUUUCUUUGGAUUUAUGUCUCCUUGGACAAGAAGUAAAGGGCCAACAUAUUUAUUCUCACUCCUUUCUUUCCAUAAGCUCAUUCAACAGUUGUUUUACAUUUUCAACAAUGAAAACUUGAAAGUUGUCAUUCUCUUUGUAUUUGUCAAAAAGACCUGUUUUUCUCCUGAGCAGCUCUUCCCCAUGUAACACAAAUAAAGAAAAUAUGUUGAAAGGAAUAAAGUGCAUUC